CCAUUCCUACAGCCUAGAGGUGGGCGAGGUGAUUUAUCUGCACUGCGCCUGCCAACAAGGUCUUCCCUUUCAAAGCACAAGGAAACCACCAAGCUUUGAGGUAUCUCUUCUUUCGUCAUGCCCACGCUCCUUGACUGCCCUUCCGAGAUCCUCGACGUUAUCGUCGAAGGACUCGUGGUCAUCAUUGGAAUUCAAAAUGCUGUGUGCUUGCAAACGGUAUGUCGAGCAUUCGACUCGUCCAUUCUGCACGCCAUCUGCGUAAGGCAAGUGGUCAGCAUAUACGAUACCGCUACACCACAUCUGGAAAAUCGCAUGAAUCCCAAACUUCGAGGCAAGAUCUACCUUCGGCAAUCACAAACCCUGACAAAAACUGGUGUCAUCUCAGACAUCAACUCAAAAUUGGACGACUUACUGGACGAUGUUGACGCAGAUCGUCGCGGCAGUCGGCAUGAAGCAGUCGCCUGUGCUGUCCAAUUGAAGCAUAAUGUAGAAAAAGGCGAGAAUGUCGAGGCUCAGAACCUGCUGAGUGGUGCCAUCAUUUCUGGCGAGAUCGAGCUCACGCGACUGUUGCUGGAAGGUCGCAGCAAAAUGCCAUUCAAAGCGGAGGUCGAUGGUGUCACGCCCUAUUUCCAACGUCCAGUUCACCUCGCGGCGGCUGGUGGACAUUUUGAAAUUCUUAAACUGCUACUUGCAUACGGAGCUCAAGCUUACAAUCCAUCGGCCACUACACUGGAGUGGGAUCAAAAAUCUAGAUAUCCACUCCGAUUAUUCGGCGUACCUCCUACCCCUUUGCGGCUGGCAAUCUGUCAUGGACAUACAGAGAUUGUUCACCUUCUUCUCCGAUCCCAAAAUCGACCACCAGACACGAGCAUAGAGUACUCGAGAUGCAUACUAGCAGCAGGCGAAGCUGGGCGUAUCGAUCUUAUCGAUGAACUGUGCAAGGUCAUGGGACGUCACUGGACAGAAUUCAAUGGUCUGGGCAGGGAGUUGAUGAUGGUUGCAGUGCAGCACAACAGGAAAGAGGUCGUCUCUAUGAUUCUUGACUCUGGCAUUCCGACCAAUCUGGCUAUUCACCGUGCUCGCGGUGACUGCCCCAGUAUCCUGUAUUUGGCGGCAUAUCGAGGUCAUACUGCGCUCGUCGAGCUCUUGAUGAGUCGCGGCGCGAGCCUGACUUUCAACCCGAAAGGGUCUACGCGAGACUGUCUCCCAAUUGAGGGUGCCGCAGAAGGUGGGCACCAAGAGUUGGUCGAGAUGCUCAUCGAUAAAGGCGCCGAUCCUGCGCCCUCAUUGAGGUCUGCUGCCAAAGGUGGACAUGCUGGCCUUGUCGCAUACCUACUGGACAGAUUUCCUAAUGUGCUCAAUAGAGACGGUGGCGACCAUGGUCGGCAAGCAAUGCACAUGGCGCUGCAGUUCGGCAAUUUGACCAUCAUCAAGCUUUUGGUUGAGGCAGGAGUGCAAUUGGACGAUGGAGCUCUUUACUUCCAUCGUCGGCCCUGGCCUUUGUUUCUAGCAACUCACCUAAUGAAGCUUGGCGCACAUGAUUUGGGUUCCCUGCAAUACAAGGAAUGGAACACGCAUUAUAGCAGGGGAAUAUUCAUCUCUGAGCGCACCUGGCAAUGGAUCUGACAGU